GCACUAGUCCAUCUGCCAUUAACUGUGCCAUCAAAUUUCAUCCUGUUUCCAUGGCUAACUUUGCCAUUACGCUGCUGCUAGCUGUUGUCUCGAUGCUGGCUGGAUCUACUACGGGUGGACCGAUGGGCUCAUCUUCUGCAUCAAGUAGCUAUUACCAGACCACAACAACGAAAGAGUACUACACCACCAAGAAAGCUGAAUACUACACGACUUACGCUGCUCCCAGCUACUACACUGAGGCCCCGAAGUACUACACCACUAAAGCGCCGGAGUACUACACCACGACGUAUGCAGCUCCUACCUAUUACACCAAGGCUCCGGAGUAUUACACCACAAAGAAGAUCGAGAACUACACAACAACCUACGCUGCCCCUAGCUACUACACCGAGGCUCCUAAGUACUACACCACAAAGGCUCCAGAAUACUACACUACUGCUGCUUACUACACCACCAAGGCACCCGAGUACUACACAACCCAGGCACCUUACUACACUACGACUUAUGCAGCUCCUGCCUACUACACUGAGGCCCCAAAGUACUACACCACCAAAGCAGCUCAGUAUUAUACAACUGCCUCCUACUACACCACUAAGGCGCCAGAAUACUACACCACCAAGAAAGCUGAAUACUACACUACUCCAGCACCUUACUACAGCACUACGACCUACGCUGCUCCCAGCUACUACACCGAGGCUCCCAAGUAUUACACCACUGCUGCUUACUACACCAAGGUUCCCGAGUACUACACCACCAAGGCUCCCGAAUAUUACACAACCACUUCCUACUACAACACAAAGGCUCCUGAGUACUACACAAUCAAGAAAACCGAGUACUACACUGAGGCUCCCAAAUAUUAUUCUGCGCCAGCAUACUAGAUGUUGUUAAUAUUUCAUGUAAAGAGAAUCUAUUUAUUUAUUAUUCAUUUCGCUUUAAAAAUCAGCGUAUUGAAAUGACUCAGCUCAUUGCAUUGUUCACUCAAAUGUCAUGUGUUGAAUUAGUUUUUAUUGGUGUUCAAUGUUUACGGCAUCUUGAGAAAUUAUUGGAAUAGUUUAAAAGCACAAUAUAAAAGAAAUAAAAACUUACGUUUUCUAA